ACGUCAUCACGGACGAACGGUGGCUGGCGGUCUCCAUGGCGACGACGCGUACGUCGGCGACGCUGCGUCCUUCCUUCUCUCACGCUCAAAGGAGGUGUGACUCGGGCGAGGACUUGAGCGUGACCCCGCCCACUUCCCCCCUCCUCCUCCGUGUGGGCGGGCAGAGAAACACGACACCAGAGACGGAGAGAGAGAAAGAGGAGGAGGAGGAGGAGGAGGAAUGGGGGAGGACAGAUAGAGUGUGUAUGGUGGGAGGAGGAAGAAAAAGAAAAAAAAAAAAGUCAGUGUGAAAGAGGGAGUGGGAAGCUGACUAAAUUACUGCGAGUCGGUGGCGACCUUUUUGGAGACGCGCUGGCUGUUACAAAAAGAAAAUGUUCGAAGAAACGCCGACUCGCGUGACCGAGCGCAACACUAAACCCGGAGCUGGAGCUCGAGCCUGUACGGUGUGUGUUCCGCUCUCGGCGGGACGGUAUUGAUCGCUUCUCGGGACGGGGGAAACUCCGCGUCACCUCGCCCCGUGUAUUAGUUUAGUGUGGAGCCGCUUUACACUCCUCCAAAAAGUCUUCUGUGCGGCGGUUUCCGGCUGAGAGAGAAACAGAGCGACUCAACGGAGAAGAGCGCGAGCGCGUCCUCGGCUGCACAUUUUAGUGAAAGUUUUAGUUUCUUUCUCGUUGUUUUUUUGGCUCGUGAGUGAGGCCGACUCUCGCCCUCUGCCGAACGGGACUCUGCUUGCACGCUGAAAAGACAACAUGAAAACUCCCGGUGAAACGGGGUUCGCCUUUCCAGAAUGGGCGUACAAGCCCGAGUCGAGCCCGGGCUCCAGGCAGAUCCAGCUGUGGCACUUUAUCCUGGAGCUGCUCAGGAAGGAGGAGUACCACGACGUCAUCGCCUGGCAGGGGGACUACGGCGAGUUCGUCAUCAAAGACCCCGACGAGGUGGCCAGACUGUGGGGGGCGCGCAAGUGCAAGCCUCAGAUGAACUACGACAAACUCAGUCGAGCUCUCAGGUAUUACUACAACAAACGGAUCCUGCACAAAACGAAAGGCAAGCGCUUCACCUACAAGUUCAACUUCAACAAGUUGGUCCUCGUCAACUACCCCUUCAUAGACAUGGGGUCUGCAGGUGUAGGCGUUCCUCAGAGCGCUCCUCCCGUGCCCACAGGUGCAGUGUCUCACUUCCGUUUCCCUCCGUCCACCCCGUCUGAGGUUCUCUCCCCCAGCAGUGAGGAGCUGAGAAGCCCGGGCUCUUUCAGCAGCGUGGCGCGGCGCCUGGCUCGAGGCUCGGUGUCUGACUGCAGCGACGGCACCUCCGCCAACUCGGAGAUCGACGAGGGCAGCCUCGGCGUUGGCGCGGCGGAAGAGCGUGUGCCCGAUCGAGGCUUCAGGAGCGCCGUGCCGCCUCGCCUGGCCCACGACGCUCUGUACCGGAUGUACGGAAACCACGGGGGUCACAGGGGUCACCGCGCUCACCCGGAGCCGCUCUCGCCCUUCGCUCCCGCAGGCUCGGGCCUGUUGGCUCCACCGCCGCUCUCACCGGCCCUCCCCGUGACGGCGGGCACACACCUGGCCUACACACCCUCGCCAACGCUGUCACCAAUGCCAGGCUCCAUAUUCUCAUUCAGCGCUGAGGAUAUGCAGCGCUACCUUCAGGCGCAUACGCAGAGUGUCUAUAACUACCACCUGAGCCCGCGCGCCCUCUUCCACUACCCCAACGUGGUCGUGCCCCAGCCGCAGCGGCCCGAGAAGCCUCUGCCUAGUACCACCGAGCGUCCGUCCGUCCUUGCUCACUCGUACCCGCUGGCCCCGGCGGACGACGCCCAUCACGCGCCCUUUAAGUUCAAGCUGCAGCCUCCACCACCAGGCAGAAAGCAGCAGCGCGAGUCACAAGGACACCAGGGCUCCCUCGGCUCGUCCUCGUCGUCUGCCCUCGGCUCCUCGCUCUCUUUCGGCAGCGACCUGAGCUCGGGCAUCGUCUCCAACUCUUCAUCGAGCGGAUCGCUCAACAGCACAGGCCUACCCAAGAUCAAGGUAGAGCCCAUCUCUGACAUCGAAUCUGAGGAGGAGGUUGAGGUCACCGACAUCAGUGACGAGGAGGGAGACGAGCAAGAGUUCUUCUCCGCCCACCGCCGUGACCACCAUCAUCAUCAUCACCACCACCACCACCACCACAUUUCCGGGCGUCAGUCCAACGGCGUUUCCGCUUCUCUUCAGUACGACGACUCGGAGGAAGAUGUGUUCAAAGCCCCGGCUCCUCCGCCAUUCUUUGGUGCACCUUCCUCGUCGUCGUCUCGUGGCGGCAUGCCCGUGGUAAAGAGCGAGCCGGACACUCCCCCGGCAACCAGCGGGCACGGGCACGCCCCCUUGGCCUCUCCCUCUCAGUGCAUCCCGCUAAAACUGCGCUUCAAGCGGCGCUGGGACCAGGAGCAGCACACCGAGGAGGCCGAGGAUAAAAAAGUCCGGGGGGACAAAAAGAACGGAGAGAGCAGCGGAUUCGAGAGGGAGGACGGCGAGAACUCGGCCCCUCACAAAUUGGGCGCCGAACUGCACCGCGCAGCCGCCCAGCUGUCUCUGGAAAACAAGGACUGCUGAUACAAGCGACGUGCUGGCGUAACACACACGUGCAGGACGAGCACUCAUACCUACGACGCUCGAGAACAACGGCCGCUGACGUUCACACACUCGCAGACGGACACGCCUCUUUUUACAGAUCUACGACACUGACACACAAGCACCAGCACUCACGAAACAAAACCGGCCCCGCUCUUCACAAACAAGCAAAUGUGUUUUCAUUUCAGAGCUCACCAAUGUAAACUUUCUCAGAAGGUGAUUGUAAUAAGGAAAAAAGUACCAUGCGCACACGCACGCACACACACACACACACACACACACACACACACACGCACGACUGACCCUCAGGAGACUUUGACAAUUGGCACUGGAGGACAUUUUUUAUUUUUCAUUUUUAUUCAAGUGAAGUGCCUGCAAAUCCCUCACACACCCGCAGACAGCAGAGCGAACGGCAGAGCAAGUCCUGGACUGAAAUGAUCACAUGAUCAGCAUAAACACACGGGCAGAUCAGCUAUCGUUAGCUUUGGGUGGAGUGUUUGUCUGCUCCUCCUCAUCCUCAGAGAGGCACUGUUGUAAAUGCUCUACGAGCUGUGCUGUACACGUAACCAGCCUGGCCAUGUUGCUCAGGGACCCUUUAUGGCACACACACACACACACACGCACAAACACACGGAACCACAUGUACAUUUCUGAUGAAUCCACCUGUCGCUUGUGUGAAUCCUGCACUGGACUGCAUUUCCCUAAAGCUCCUCAGCCUCAUGACCAUUGAUAUGUGAUUAAAACUAGGAGUGUUCACAGCGCCUGUUUAACUCCUCUAACGUUUAACAGUGGAGAUUACUGUUUUGGGAAAGCAAGCUCAGAUGGUUGGAAGUGUGUGUGGUGUGUUGUGAUGUUUCUGAGUGUUCUCAGGAUUUCUCUUCUUUCUAUGUAAACCAGCUCACCUCAGUGCUCUCUCGCUCUCUCUCUCUCUCUCUCUCUCUCUCUCUCUCUGUCUCUCUCUCUCUCUCUCUCUGUUUCUUUUUGGCUCGCUCUGGGACCAGAAAAUACUGUUUGUAUUCCAUUUUUUAUUUUUUAUUUUUUUUCUUUCUCCUCUGUGCGGAUGAAAGGAUUCGUGGUUUACAUCUCUGAAGAUUGCAGAUCCGUUUGGUUAAACGAAGCUUCAGGAUCAUAGCCGAGUGGAGCGAUGGUGGAGAUUUUUAUUUAUUUAUCUCAUCCCUCCCCCCCCCCCCCCCCCCCAAAAAAAAAAAAACGUUCUCGUCCAACGUAGUCACUUGUUCUUAGUUCUCGGCGCUCGCUGUGUGAGUGAUCAGCGUGUCAUUCGGUGCAGGAGAGGGGCCGGAGGGCUACGCUUUGCGUUGUGUAAGUGUAGGGCGUCCUGUGUGGGCAGUGUUUUUGUUUGUUUGUUUUUUUUUGUUUGUUUGGUUUUUUUUUUUUUUUUACCUGUGUGGGAAUUAGAGUUCCUCUCAUGUAAUCCUCCAGAACCUCCUGGGGAAUUGUGGGAAGUGUAGUUUUGAGCGUUUUUGUGGCGUAAGAGGCACCUGAUUCAUCCUUUCCCCUACACACUAACUGAUAGCAUAACAGGCCAGAAUUGUACACUGCCUUCUAGCAUGUCGAGACGAAAACAUGAGAACCCAAACUUUUACAUUUCUGAACCUGUUCUGUAUAUUGUAUGAAUAUUGUAAGCUGCAGUCGUGGAACCAUAGCAUUAACGGUAUGUAAUUAUCCAGGGUUUUGAAAGAGGUUUUGUUUUAAAAGGUCUGGAUGUCGUAUAUAGGCAUUUUUUUGGGGGGGGGGGGGGGUUGGGGUUUUAUUUUGGUUCAUUUUUAUACAUGUAUGAUUUAUUUUUUUUUUAAAAAAGAUUAUUUUUUUGAAAUACACAUACACAAAUAGCGAAAGACAAAAUCACACCAAGCAUUGGAUAGAAGCAGAGCUCUGAACUUUACCUGAUGCAAGUGCCGCCAUUCUGUUCUAGUGUGUGUGUGUGUGUGUGUGUGUGUGUGUGAGAAUGAGCGAGCGAGUGAGUGAGUGUGUGUCUGCCCUGUCUGUCCAUCUCCUGGGUAACCACCAGUCCGGAGUUCAGCAUAGUGGACCUCCUGAAGGUCUGUGAACUUUAGCCCAGCUGUGAGGACACUUGCGCACAGCAUCGGAGAAGAAACUGCGUGAGAUGGCCAAUCAUGACUCGGUGAGGGCGGAGUCUGCAUCCUGCCAUCCGGAAGACGCACAGAUCCUACGGGCAUGUCGUUCACACUGUACAGUAUUUAACUUUCGACAGAACUGGCAAGCCCGAUGGCUACGCUUCUGACGUCCUCUGUCCCCCGUCCUCUUCAUGUGACUGACAGUUGCCUUACUCUUUACUCCUCCAGUAAAACUGUCCCGUAAUCCUUAUCCUGCCCAGGAGCCCCGCCUUCUUUUGCUGACCUAUUGAAUGAUUUGUUAGGUCUCUGGACCUGCUGCGCUGAGGAAGACAUUGCUUUAUGUGAGGGACAUGGCGCAGGACUACAUAUUUUUAAGCAGGUUAAUUUCUCUUUCAUCUUUUGUUGUUGUUUUUUUUUUUUCUUCUUCUUCUUUUUUUUUUUUUUUCCCAUAUGAUGUCAAAUUUGCUGUUUUAUGAUCAUUAUCAUUAUUGACAAUUUUAUUGUUUAUUUUUUCCUCAUUUAGUCCUGAGUUUGGGUUCGUCAAAGAAGUGAUCUAUUCGAGAGCGGAGUCUCUUGCCGUUAACCCAACCAUGUGUUAUACAUGUAACAGUUGAACCUUUUUAAAGUUGUAAAAUAACUAAAAGCUGUAAUUAUAUUUCAGGCUGUUAUAAUGGAGACAGAUGAUAGUGUAUGGAGGUAGAGGGGACGCAUAUGAUUUUUAACUCUGGUCAUGUUAUGUAAUUCGUUAUUUUGUAAUGUUACUCUUUUGUUGAUCUUGCGUGUUUCUUUUUCAUUUGUGGGAUUUACAUAAUUUGAAAAGAAACUGUAUUGCUUUAUUGUGUAAUGGUCUUUUUUCGCUCGCUCUCUCUCUCUCUCUCGCUCUCUCUCCCUCUCUCGCUCUCUCUCGCUCUCUCUCUCUGUCUUUACCUUCCUUCUCUCUUUAUUUCUGUGGUAUCACAGCUUUUAAUGACAGGUUGAGUUUUAAUAACAAAUUGUAACAUUUUAAUUCUCCUUACGUUUGUUGAUUUCUGAUGUUUUUAAAUGUAAUCAGGGUUAAUUAAACUGGUUAAUACCACCUGAGG